GAUUGCGGCCUUUUUCAAAAAAUUGCGACGCGCGCUUGCCCGUUCUCUGGACCAUUUUUGUGACCUUGAGAUUUUCUUACCUUGCCUCUCAAAGAGGCCGAAAUGGAUUCGUUAUCAGCUGGCACGAAUGGCCUUGCAGGGGGUGGUGCUGCCAGCGCGUUGGCUGGUGUGAAAAAACGGACGAAAGUCGUUUUUCUCAACCCUGUUGAGAUCGCAAAUUGGGACCAAAUCAAAGAAAACUCCAAACAAAAUGUGAUCGGUCAAAACGACUUGAUAAAUUAUGAGAAAAUGCUAAAGGAUGAUGAUAGUACCUCAGUAACCGCAAGUAAUUGUACGUUAGUUAUCAGUUAUCUUUUGAUUUAACAUUUAUGCAAUUUAUUUCCGUAAUAUGUACUAUAUUGAAACCAACUGUAUUGUCAGUCUGAUUAACUUUUGUCUUGACCAUUAGUAUUAGUGAUUCAUUGUGGUUGUACAUGUAUCUGAUAACACGAAACUAAUAAAUCAUGUCUAUUUUUCCCCAGCUGAGGCACGAAGACAAAGUAAAAGACGUGGACGUCCAAAGGGUAGUAGAAAUGGAGCCCGAAAACGUCCAAUUGACCCAAGCCAGCCGUGGCUAGAGUCAAGUGAUUCAGAUGAGCCUAAUGUAGGCCUUGAAGAUGAAUUGGAUGACGAUGAAUAUUUUAGAAGACUAGAGGAGGAAAAAAUGCGGGAAGAUGCUGAGGAAGUGUCCAGGAAAAGACGUGUGGGUUUAAUUAUUUUUUCACCAUUCCUAAUAUUUUUAGUGUCUCAUAUUGACUGCGCCUAAUUGAUGGGUCAUUAAUUUACCAUAGUAGUCUAGGUGUUCAUACGUACAUUAAAUUGUGGAAAAUUUUUCAUAAGUCAGUGAAUAUGCGUGGACUAUUUCUGCGGCCAAUUCAUUAAGUGUCAUUUAUAAAAGAGGUAUUGCAUUCUGCAGAGAUUUCAUCAAGUAUGUCAAGUCAGUCGGUGUAGUCAAAACUCCAUAUCAAGGGUUUUGUGACACGUAACAUAUUCCCAUUUAAUAUAGGUAAAUGCAAACUAAUUGAUCGUGGUCCACGCGGUUUCCGCAAUCGUUGUUUAGAAUCAUUGGGUAAAAUGGCAUAAAGUUGGUCUCAGUGGUCUAGAUUUACUAGCUGGUUUUCUGUGUUGCUUUUUAUAUAUGUUAUUUUCAUCACGUGUUUUUCAAAUGAUAUUCUGUAUGCUAUCUUUGUCAUUAUCAUUGGUGCCUCUAUCGUUUUGACUUCUUUGUCUGUCUUGGUGUUUUUGUCUGAUCAUGCUAAUAUAAUGUGGCACCAUAGGCUAACUUUGUCGUUGACGUGCUUUUAGAGAUAACACAUUCCUCAUCUAAAUUUACAGGGGUUGAACCUCUACCGGGAGAUUCACUUUUUGACUUAGAAUAUGCCGAUAACAGUUCUAUUUGGUGAAGACGCUGACAAAAUGCAGUCUUCUGACCACUCUAAGCAACAAUGCAAGCAUGUUCGGCAUGCGAUUCUCCCCCUCGAAAUGCAAAAUGUUGCUUCAGGAUUGGGUUGCAUCGACACCCGAGCUAAUGAUAUGGAGUGAAGUAGUUGAGCGUGUCGACCAGUUCACUUAUCUUGGAAGUCUCAUCAACCCUUGUGGUCUGAUGUGUGACGAAAUCUCAGCACGGAUACAGAAGACUCAACUAACUUUUUCCAACUUGGGUCAUUUAUGGCGUAGGCGAGAUAUCCGUCUACCAACAAAAGGACGGGUUUAAUGCGCAGCAGUUCGUCCCGUCCUACUUUACGGCAGUGAAGCAUGGCCGGUAAGAAUAAGGGAUAUUCAUAGGUUACUAGUAUUCGAUCAUUGCAUUGCUCGUAUAUUCUGGGACCAUCGAGUAAGUCAUACAGUUGUUAGGGAACGGGUACUAGGUAAGGAUGGCAAAUCAAUUAAGUAAGUAGUGAAACUUGAUCAGUUGAGAUGCCUGGGACAUUUGUUACGUAUGCCCAACCACCGACGAGCGAUGUUUUAUGGUGUAGGAAUAGGUUAGAAGAAAGCUAGGGGCGGCCAGACCAAAACGUGGCACAAAUCCAUGAAGUCAUUGACUAGUGGACUGAACCAUGUUGGUAGGUGUAGACUACCUGGUUGGGGACCGCGAGAUGAUAGCAACCGAUGGUUAGAGACCGUGAGUGACAUGGCUCAAAAUCGUUUGCAAUGGCACAGAUGCAUCCACUCUUUGUGUUCUCCCAAAUUUUAAUUUUCUGAAUUCUUUGUGUCCCUUUCUCUUUUCUCUUUCCAAAAUUAUUUCACUGGUUUAUACUCUGAAUAACAUCUUCAAGCCCUAAUGUUUCCGAUUACUGUUUAUACUCUUACUACCUCUACCACUACGGGAUUUGAAUGGACAACUGCAUCUCUGUGCUAAUGUGGUAUGGCAACUCGAACUGAAGUACGUACGUACGAAGUUUUACGUUGUUACUGACUGACUGAGGCUAACGCACGUAUGUUCUAGGGUCUAUGUUGUUGUUGAUCUAUCGACCUUGUUUGUUUGUUAUUCAUGUUUACUGUGAGCUUAAGGACGUCUUCACUUUGAGUUAUAGAUUAUUAUCAGAUUAUGCGCGUCAAAAUACAACGAAGCAGGUGUCACAGUAUAAAUCCAUAACGAAAUUUAGUAAUAGGGAGUUAAAAAUAUCCCGUAAAUAUUGGUACUUACCAGAUUUUUUCAUUUUAUUGAAAAAUGCAUGUAAUAUCAUAGGUUUGGGACGUCGAGUUAAACUUAGAUAUGGUAUAUUGACUUUAGGAGUAGGAAAUUAUUGUCAGUCAGUUAGGUUGUUCAGAACACACGAUGACUCAGAAGCUACGUAUUUUGCGUAAGUAUUGAUGAAGUAUUCAUAUUUGUUACUUCAAGGCAUAUAGAUUCUUAUCAUCUCGAUAUUAGAGAGUUUCAGACAUUGGUAUAAUAUUCUCCAAAUAAAAGACUGGUGAACAUCCAAUUUCCUUUAUUUGCAUUGUUCUUUCGAAAUAAUCAUUUAAACAUUAACACUAAACUGGCAUUUUAUUUUCAAACGUACUGACUAAAAGUGUGGAAACUCAUGGGGUUACCUGUAUCCUAGAUUCCCAAGACUAUCUUGUGAGACAAUAUCUUUGGCUACCAAAACGGAUUUUCGUGUUUAGAACAAUAAAUAUUAAACGAUAAUUUAAAAAAAUUGUUUUUAAUUCCCAUAUUGUUCUUUAUCUUGAAGUGUCUGCGGUUAUUUUACUCUAGGAAAUGGAAGCACGAGCUGCUGCACGUGCUAAUGCACAAGGUAGAAGAGGUAGCGCAAAAGUCGACCCGUUAAUGACUCAUCAAUUUCAAACUCCUGUAAAUUCAGAUAGCAAUUUAAGCUGUCAGUCUGGUAGUCAGCGUGAGUUCAGCAAUCGAAACAAAAAACAAAGGAAUUAUGCUGCUUUAGCAGGAUUUAGAGAGGUUAGUGAUAGCGAUGAUCUCAGUGAACUCGAUGACAAAGGUGCAGGUCGAAGUGGCUUUUUACAAGAAAGCGAUUAUCCGAGAUCCUUAGAUGACAUCCAUGAACAGAACGAGGAAGACUAUCAGGAACCAGCGUCACCUUUCCGACAAUCUAUCUUAGAUAUGCUACCACCACCUCCAUCUCCUGUCAUCCCUUCUAAUUCCGAGGAAGACAAAUCCAGUCUUAAGUGUGAGUCUCUCAGUGUUGCUAGCAGUAACGAUUUGAAUGCUCUGCGCACAACUGUUGCUAAUGCCUCUAUUAACGACCCACAUACUCAAAAAAUGCUCGAAAUGGAUCCCAUAGAGCUAAGGUUUCGUUCUCCUCCUCUUAUUUUACCAUCAUCAGCGAAUGAUCUUGUGUGUCCUCGUGAAUAUAUUCUCGAUGUCUUAUCUAUAUAUGAAGUACUUCGGCGUUAUGGUUCUUUGCUACGGUUGUCUCCAUUCAGGUUGGAAGACUUUGCAGCUUCUCUUAUAUCUGAUGAAAAUUCCAACUUACUUGCCGAAGCUCAUAUGGUUCUCCUCAAAGCUCUGUUACGCGAAGAUGAAGCUAAUGGAACUGCAAUGUGUCCUGUUGAUUGCAGAGAUUCAGUAAACAUGACGUUUUACUUGCUAGAUCGGUUCACAUGGCCGUACCUAUUAGCCAAUUAUUUGUCUAGUAUUAAAUCUACUGAGGCAGCUGCUCGUUUGUCUGCUGCCAAUACAACAACAGCUGCUGGUUCAAUUGGUGGUCCCACUGGAUCAGGUGGAGCGGAUAUAGUGCUUACUGCUGCCUUGUUUCCUCCAGAUCUGAUUCCCUUGAAUCCAGACUAUCCAUUCGUGCCAAUCAAAUCACGCAUCGCUGUUUUGCGUGGUCUUACGAGCUUGUUCCUGGCAACUGGUUCAGUCAGAGGUGAUAUACUUCGGGAGGGUUUAAUGACACACGAAGAUUAUUGUCGUGUUUGUCACCAAAGCGGAGAGGUGUUGUGUUGUGACGGAUGCACGGCUGUAUUUCAUCUACAUUGUUUAAAUCCUCCACUAUCCUCUGUACCAACGACUAGUUGGAUUUGUCCAGUCUGUAUUCGUAAAAGAACUCCAGGUGUAACAGAUUGCCUAUCAGAAGCAGAGAAGAGUGGAGUUGCACAUUAUCAAGAACCUAUUGGGAAAGAUCGAGCGGGUCGUUUGUAUUGGUACAUAAGUCGACGUUUAAUUAUUGAACCGGUUGACUUUAGUCAAUGUGAACCACAGUUGAUGGGAUUUCACGAUGGGGUUGUUGAUAGUGCAUGGGAGAUGGAAUAUGGUCGUGAAUUAAUGGAAGAUGAUCCAGAAGUAAAGGAUGAUGAGGAUGAUAUCGACGACAAUAAUAAUGAUGAUAAUAAUAAUGCUAAUAGCACAACUGACUCUGCCAAUAACGAUUCUCUCAAUUUAACUUCAAAAGUAUCCUAUUGUGAUAGUAGUCAACCUAUGCCGACGUUUAAUAAACAAAAGAACUAUAAAAAAUAUCAAUGUAAUCCAUCAAUUUCAUAUGCUAAUGAACCAUGCGUUUAUUAUUAUUCAUCCAUUGAACAAGUAAUGUAUAUUCGUGAAUUACUAUCAACUGAAUGGGAACCAUGGCUUUGUUAUCGUUUAGAUGCUUUACUGCCUAGAAUGCGUAAUGAAAUGGCGAUUACACAGAAACUGACUGAAUCUGGUUUCCUAGAUUUUUGUUCAUCAAGACCAAAUCAUAAAUCAGUUUCAAUUAAUAAUAGUGAUUUAAAUCAAAGUUGCAACUUGACAGCUGAUAGUCCAGACACAGUGUAUGUUUAUUCAGUAUUGGAAGUUGAACGAGCUUCUUUUAAAAAGUCUACUACAUCGAUAAAAACUCACGGUGAAACAUCAGAUUAUCCUAAAACGAGACUUGCUAUCGCAGCUUCUAGUCUACCAUCAGCGGAUGUACCUAUCUUUCCAACUUUACCAAAACAAUUACCGACUCUUUUGAAUAAACAGCCUUCGGAUCUUUCUGCAUGUCUGGUUCUUACAGACGAGAAUAGUUGUAUUGUGGGUAAUGGAGACCAAGUUAUUACUCAUAUGGUAAAAGAAACUUCUGAUGAUGACGUCGCAACUUAUCCACCGACAAUAUUAGAACCUCAAGAAAUAUCUACCUUACAUAUGCUGAUCGAUCCAGAUUGGUUACCGAAUUCCAAUGAAUGUUGUUUACUAGCCUAUCGUUUUUCAGAUGAAGGAAAUUGGCGAUCAUGGACAAAUUUAUAUACGUCUGGAGUCUGGACUGGAGAAGAGUGUACCGCCAUGCCGGAUAGUCACCGGAAUGAUGAUUUAAGUGAACUUAAAAGAACACCAAGUGGUACAAGGAAUUCAAAUGCUGUAAAUAAUAAUAAUAAUAACAAUAAUGGUAAUAACAGUACUGUCACUGCAGAUGAUCUGAUAUCAGAUAGUGUAAAUGUUGCGUUGACACGUGCACAGCAUAUGGAAGAAAAAGAACGUCGACGGUUAUUGUCGAAUAAAUUCAAUGUAAGUGAAUUAUGUACAGAUAUGUGGGCGUAUAUCGAUCCGGUAGAAUUGUCUAAUAAUUUCAAACUCGUCAGAGAUAUGAUGGCUAGUGUUAUUGAAUUACCUCAAUUCAGUGAUUUUGAUUUUACUCGAUACGAAUGUUGGCCAGCUAGUCCACACCAACUGUUGAAUUUAUUACGAUUGACACUUUGUCAUUUCGAAUCAAAAAUUCCACUAGCAUUUUACACUCCAGCUUGGCGAGCUCAUCGUACAAAUUGGAUUAAGGAUGUUUUACAUUCUAAGUCUCCAUCUGAUUUAGCAUUUUUAUUGGCCAAAUUAGAAGCAUCCAUUCGUUCUGUAUGUUUUCAACGCGUCUGGUUCAAUUCACUUGGUCAUUUAACUCUAGAACGUAUGACAGCUUCUCAAAGGGAAGAAGAUAAGCGUUUACGACAAUUUGAUCGUUUUAGUUCAACAGUUAAUGGUGGUGUUGGUAGUAGUAACAUAAAUCCAGCUAAUCUACCAACAAAUCUUAUACGUACAAAAACUCCUCGUCCAGUCAGACAUACUGUUUGGAAGACUCGUGGUGAAGAAUAUCGUCGUUUAGGUGGCGAUGGUUGGAUGUGGCUAAGUGCAACUCGUAGUAAUGCUGGUCGAAUGGCUGAACAUGCUGUACUUAUCCACCCUCCAAUAUCCUCUGGUCGUCAGCUGGAACAAACUGCUACUUUAUCGGGUAAUCGUUUAUUACUUCAUCGUCGUGGUAAUCCACGCGGUCUUCAACACGGAAUUGGAUGGGGUGUUUGUCCUGAGUAUUUACAAGAUCAAAUGCCUGUUAAACCACCAAAAGCAAGCGAAUGUCGUGGACAUGUACUACAUCCAAUUACCGGUAUUCCAUUGUAUUUAAAUCCUAAACGAAAUCCUUAUAUUAUUCCAUCUGAUGUAUUAUGUAGCCUAAAUGAACAAAUAUUGAAAUCUUCAACAAACAAUGUUCAAAUGAAUCCAUCGUCAUCAUCUCAUAUUGAUGAUGAUGCUAAAAAGAAGGAUCCAGACUCUGGUAAUAUUAUCACUGUAAAGACAGAUGAAAAUAAUAUAAAUGAAGAUGUAAUGAAUGAUAAUUUUGAGAAAAAUAAAAUUGAUCAGUUAGAUGAAUUACAUGAAAAUUGUAAUGCAUCAGAAAUCAAAAUAGAACAGAAAAAAGAUUCACUUUCAGGUCAGACAUCAUCUAUCAAUAAUAAUACAAAUGAGGGUAAAAUAAUUAAUGAUGACAAUAAGAAUCCAGUGUUAAAUAUUUCUUAUUGCAUUUCCAAUCGAAUUCAUUUCCCUCCACCGAUUGAUAAGGAGCACAGUUAUCCCUCCUCUUCAUCAUCGUUAUCAUCUAGUAAACGAUUACGUUUCCGUAUUGAUAACUUACUAGAACAUCGAUAUAUAGCCGCUGAAAACGAUAAAAAAGCUAGUUUGGCUGCAUUGAAUGCAGUUAGUAAAUUAGAAGCAGAAAUUGAAAACCUAGAAAAACGUCAUAAUGAAGUGGUACAACGUUUGACCACAUUAGGCACGGAAGCGCAACAAGCGCGUACAGCUAAAGCACAAGCUGUAAAAGCUAAACAAACUGCUCUCCUAAUUAAACCAUCGCAACCGUCAACAUUAGCGGUAGGUGGUGUUGGUAGUGGUAAUGUUGUGAUGACAAACUCCAGGUUGAUUCAGCUGAAUGAAAAUUCAAAUAAUACUACUAAUACCACUGUUACUACUUUUGGUGGUGGCAAACAAUUGAUACAGCAGUCAGUAUUGACCGAUCAAGGUGUUCGUUACAGAGUACUUGCACCUAGAACCGUUCCUAACAUACAUAUGAAUCAAGUUGCUUUUAAUCCAGUACAAAAGACAGCAUCUACACCUAAUAAUCGUACACCACAACAAACAUAUCGUUCUAAUCAAAAGCGUCGUACCAAUCGAAAUAGUGAUCUGAGUGAAUCAGACUCUGAUUCUGAUUCAGUUACUGCGAAUACUGGACGAGUCAAUAGUUGGUCAGCUAGAGAAAAUGUACCACUUAGACGUAGUGCUCGAAGAGUAAGAGCUGUACGUCAUGAUCCUGAUUUUGUUGUGGAUUUCGACGAAGAUGACGAUGAAGAUGAUCGGUUAAAUGCAAAAGGUGAUGAUUCUGAUAACUUUGAUCCAAAUGAUGAAAUCCAAGGCAGUUCAAAGAAAUAUUCUAGUCAAAGACGUUCUCAAGUAUCUAUUCAUCUUAAUGCUAGAUCAACAACUCGAAGUUUACCGCAAUACGAUGGAGUUGGUGAUACGACCGAUGAAGAUAUUGAUGAAUAUGAUGAUGAGGAUGCUGUUGACUAUGAUGAAGAAGAAGAUAUCGUUGAUGAUUAUGAUUAUGUUGAUGAAGAUUGUGGUAAUGAUGAUGACGGUGAGUAUUAUUAUGAUAAUGAAGAAUUAGAAGAAGAUGAAGUGGUGGAGGAGGACGAAGAUGAUGACGAUGAAUACUUUCCCGUUUUCUCUAGAAAACAUUUUCACACGGAAUCAAAAAAUCCGGAAAAAUCCCCUGGAUUGUCUAAAGUAGCAGCACCCUGUUCAACAAACUCAGCUAAAUCAGAUACUGUUCCUGUUGUACCGAAAGUUGUGAUAUUGAAAAAUAACACUGCACCAUAUAUUUAUGGAAAUACUGCUACCACUGUUAAGAAUAAGGAUAACACUACUCCACGAGUACUUUCAAUUCCUCCUAGUACCACAACAACUGGUCAACGUAUUAUUUUGCCUGCUAAAUUGAAGACUCCAACUAAUACAAAUGAAAAAUCAGUAUCUAACAACAAGACAGUAUCAUUAGGGAAUGUUAAGGAAGGUACUAGUCAAGCUGUUCACCUUCCUCCUAGCCAACCAUCAGUCAAUAUCCCUCAAGGUCUACGUCUAGUUAGAAUUGUACGCAAUCCCGAUGGUGGAACUAAUAUAAUUCCCGUGGCUGCUACAGAUACUAUUCUAUCACCAACAAUAGAACCUUUAAAUGUCAAUCAAACUGUAGAUAAUUCAAUUAUUACUAACACUACCGGUCAAAGUGAUCUUGUACCAUCAUCAUCUACGACUGGAUUGAAUUCCUUCGAUAGCAGUGACAUUCAUUUAGUUUUAAAUUCAUCAAGUACAACUGGUUCUAAUAAUGUUGUUACCAUAUCAAAACCAUCGGUUAUAUUGACAACGGCAACAACCUCAUGUGAAUUAAAGCCUGCUAUUACAAACACUCCUCUUGUAUCUAUCUCCGUCGAGAAUGAAACAUCACAACAACCAAUUACCAUAUCUACAACUAACUUACAACAAUGUGGAAUACAACUUACUGAUUUGAUCACUCCUGCUACUGUAUCCAAUACUACUGUCUCAAUCCCUGCUCUAAUCAAUCAACCAGCCACUGUCAAUAUUGCUACUGUUGGAAAGUUGAAACCUCCAUCGGCUAAUUCUGUUCGAUUUAUAAUUGCACCUACAGUUUGUACUACUGCUACUACAACUAGUGAUAGUAGUGGAUCGACAAAUCCUCCAAGUCAAACGCCUACAAUCACUAUAGUUAAAGCAUCAAAUCAGUCAGAUGUUUCCUCAGAUCCUAACGCAGUCACAUCUGCGGUUACAUCAUCAUUUACACCAAUACUGCCUCGUAAACCACCUCCCGCUAUAUUACGACGUACUUUAGCUGCUGCUGGUAGUGGUGGUCCAUCUUCGACUAGUUUAAUUUUACCAGUUAGUUCAUCGAGUGAUUAUCCACAAAUUGUUGGUACACAGCAAUCAUCAUCUCUUCGAACUCCAUCAGUUGCAAGUCUUGUUGCUACAAAUACAGCCCGACAAUUGGUCUGCGGUGGUUUCAAUCGAUACAUAUCAACUGGACCAUCUAUUCGACCAGUGAUAUCUGAUUCACAAGGAAUGUCAGAUCUACAUCAAGGUAGACGUUCAAUAGCCAAAGCUCAACAUAUUCGUCAUAAUUCAUUAAUAGAUGAAGAUCCUCGUUUCAUAAUGAAUAAUAAAUCGAAAGUUUUGAUUUCUGAUUAUAAAGGUUUAGUUAGACAGUUCGAUAGUGGUCCAACUGCUGCUCGAUUACAAACUCCAAUUGUUGAUGAAGCAACUCUGGCUUUAGAUCAUGCUGUGACAGAAGCCAGUGCUAAAUUAGACGCUAUUAAUGCUCAGAUUGCUUCAGUUCGUUCGGAGGCACAGGAAUUAGAAUCUCAAAUUAAUUCGUUAAAAUCAGAACUAGGCAAAUAUCAAGAGAUUGUCAAUCGUGGUUCACCAGUCAUCAGUUCACCGUAUUCAUUAUCACUACGUAACAACGCCGAUUUCGAUUUGAACAACAAAACAUUUGUGAAUAAAUUUUUGCGUAACAAUAACAAGAAAACAACUAAUCAAGCCGGCAAAGAUUAUGGUACUACUACGAAUGCUAUGUUACCACAAAGUUUACCUUAUGUAAAUGAUUAUGCAUGGCCACUUCCAGAUUCCAUGUCGAAGGAUCAAUGUAGUAGCGAACAGAAACAAAAUAUGGUUCUUCCCAAAUCAUCUUUAUUCCGAAUAAAUCCUCAUAAUUUACGCCUUGUUAUACUUUCUGCUGGUCGACGUGAAAUUCCUGGAUAUGAUGUUGAAAAGAAGCGACUUUCACAGGUGAACUGGUUAUAUCCUAGUUCAAGGCCUAAUUUUGCAGAAUGCUGGCGUUUUCGUCUUAGUCAAAUACGAAUGAAUAGCUUUCAAAAAGAUAAUCAUGACAACAAUAUCUCAUUUGGUUUAGAUUUGGCUAAUUUUGCUUUACUUUUACGUACAUUAUGGCAUUGUAUUCGAUGGGAUGAUAUAAUGGUUGAACCAGAUAAAGAUAUAUGUGUUCAUGAUUCCAAUGGGCGACCUUGCUUUAAAAAAAUUUUAAAUGUUGAUGACGAUGACGACGAUAUUGAUGUUAGUGGUGUUUCAGGCAGAUAUGAUGAUAAUAAGCCUUAUAGCGUAAGGCGUAUAGUUGAAAUUCAACCUCUUGAUCGAUUUUGGCUACAGGCUAAUUACAAAGUUCGUAUAACUACAACUUAUCCAACCCGUUCGAAUUCUAGCCGCAGGCGUAAAGCGACAGAUCCAUCUAAUAGAGGUCGAUCUACAAGAGGUCCAUCUCUUCAAGGUUCUCCAGAACCUGAUGAGUCAAGUUCUAGGAGAAAAGGGAGACGUGGAGGUCAGAGAAAUGCUCAAGGUGGAAAAGACCCCGAUUACGACCCUGCUGUAGAUGAAGGUUGGCGUGUUGGAGUUCCUUGUUCAAAUAGUUCUAGUCGCCGACAAUCGCGGAAUAAUUUUCGUUCUUACGGUCGUUCUAGUCGAGGUUCAUUUUGCGAUUCAGAUGAUGAUGGUGAUCCAGAAUUCUGUGGUGGACGACGUGGUCUCCAGUCACAGCGUAAUGAAGUGUCAGUUGAGGAAAAGUGGAUGUCUGAAGAUGCAGUGUUUUUGUGGGAAAUUAGUGUUUUCAUGAAUUCUUUACUACCGCCGAAAUCUAAUUAUCCUCCUAUUUCAGACAGUGAUGUUUCAAAGAUAGAUCCUAAUGAUAAAACUAAUCAGUAUGUCAUUUCCACUCGGCUAGCUUCGCUUCCUCCAGAUCCAAGUUCAAAUGCUUCAACUUCUGCUACUGUCACUACUACUGAAGUUAAUAAAUCAUUAAUUUCUCCAUCAAAUAUUGAAGGAUAUGUUGAAAAAAAUGGCUUUUUAUAUGAUGGUGGUCAAUCCAACGGAUUUCUGUUGAAUAGCUCUUCCUCACGCUCACGUUCUACUUUAGCUUCUGCCCUUCAAUCUGGCCGUAUGUCAGUAAAUUCUAGAAGUCGAAGUGAUGAUCGUUCAGUGAGUAAUAAUAAUAGUAUUCCACGUCCUCUUUCACCGAAUACGUUAGAAGCAAAAGCUAGAGCUCGUUCAAUUGCAGCAACAAAUGCUGCUAGAGCAUCGGUUGCAGCUAGACGUGCAAGAUUUGAACGUGCUUUGUUAGAACAACGUGUACGCUCAUUGAAAUCACAAUUUUGUUCACGUAAACGUUUAAUAUUUAAUUGGGCCAAAUCACUUGCUGAUAUUGCUGUUAAUGAAAUCAAAGGAGCACAACAGAUCUCUAAGGCAGAUAAAUUUAAUGAGAAUUCUUCAAAAAAAUUAGAACAAUCAUCAACACAUCCUCAUCAUCAAACCAGUGAAAAAUUACUAACACAAAAAAGUCGAUCUAAUAUUGUUAAUCAACACAAUAAAUCAUCAUCAUCCUCAUCAACAUUAAUACCAAAAAAGAAAAUUGGACGUCCUAGUAAAACCAAAAAUGAUAACACCACCACUACUACUGCUAUUACAAAUAAAAAGAAUGAUGUUUAUCAUAAACGUACAAAACGGAAAAUUACUCCGACAUUUUCAUCAUCAUCAUCAUUAUCUUCUAGUGAUGAUGAAAAUAAAAAUCCUUAUGUAAUUAAUAAUAAUAAUAAUAAACCAAUUAAUCAAUCAGAAUUAUUAGCAAAUAAUCGUAUUCCACGAAAAAGUGCAUUAAAUCAUGAAUUUAUUAAAUUAUCUAAAUCAUAUAAUAAAACUACAAUAAAACAAUCUCCAAAUAGAACAAACAAUAAAAAUCGUUUAACCAUGAAAUUAUCUCUUAAACAAUCAAAGAAAUUAUUAACAAAUAAUAAUAAUAAAGAUAGUGAUAAUGAUAAGAAUGAUGAUGCAGAUGAUAAUACUACUACUAUUACUACUCAUAGUUCUUGUUCUACUGCAAGUACAUCACCUGGUUUAGGUGAUGAUUAUGGAAAUAAUAUUUGUCAACAGAAAUCAACGGCUUCAACUAAGACCAGUCGUUCAUCUGGUACAAAAACAAAGAGAUUGAAACAGGAGUCUACAAAUUCAGAUGCCAGUGAACACAAUUAUAAUAUUACAGGAUCAAUGAAAUCACCUAAAUCAUCUUCUGUAGGUGAGGGUGGGUCUAAGCGAGGAAGUAGUAGUGCUAGUGGCACUGGACGUAGUAAUAAAGGAGGAGGUCGUGCCAAGUUCUCUGAAAAAUCUGACAGAAAUGAAACACAAAUCGAAUCAAUUACUAAUGUUUUACAGGAUGUAUCUUCUAAUUCUUCAGUGUAUUGUGUUUGUAAAACUCCAUAUAAUCCAUCAAGGGAAUAUAUCGGUUGUGAUCUUUGUCGAGAUUGGUUUCAUUUUGAAUGUGUUGGUUUAGAUCCUAAAGAUUCUGAUAAAUUAGGUGAUUCUUGGCAUUGUCCUGAUUGCAAACAAGCUGAAUUGAAAGCUAAUGAAAUGCUUUAUUGUGUUUGUCGUACACCAUAUGAACCAACGAGAGUAUAUAUUGCUUGUGAUGGUUGCGAUGAAUGGUAUCAUCCUGAAUGCGUUGGUUUAACACCUGAACAAGCUGUUAAUCAUACAGAUACAUAUCUUUGUCCAACUUGUUGUCCACUAUCACAACAUAAAACGAAUACUACUACUAAUACGAAAUCGUCUGGUAAAUCGAAAAAGUCGAAAAAAUCUAACAAUAACCAUAAUGCAGUUACUGAUGUUGACCAAACUGGUGCCACGAAAACUAUUUAUGAAACUAACCUCACUUCAGAUAGAAUAAAGAAAUUAAUUAAUUUAAUUGAAGAGAUUAAACAACAUAAAAUGUCAUGGCCAUUUAUUCAUAGUCCGGAUCCUUUGAAAUUUCCAAUUGCUAGAUCUUUAGAUGAUUCAUUUAAUCUUCCCUCCGUUAUAAUAAAUUUAAAAACAGAUGUUUACAAAACUUUGGGAGAUUUCUCAUUCGACAUGAAUCGUCUAUUCACUAAUUCACGUUUAAUCUAUCCAAAAGAUACACCAGAAUUUAAUUGUACCGAAAUUGUUGAAGCAUUAUUUGUUCAGAAAAUGAAACUGUUCAAAGAAGAGAAUUUAUAAGAAACAAAAGAAGAAUGAAAUAGUACCUCAUUCGUUAAUUGAAUUGAACGCAGCAUUCAGAUUUCAUUUGUAUAUCAAUUUAAAUUCCUUUUUUUUUUCUUUUGUGCACAAUUGCCAUUGGCAGCUUCACGCUUAUGCAUUAUUUAUUACUACUGAUAUUGAUAAUUAGUAGUUUGUUAACCUGAUGUGCAUUUUUAUUACUUUUUUUUAAAAAAAAAAUCGAAAUCAUUUGAUUUUCUACUGAAAGUGAACGAAAGGCCCCAUGUUUUUCUACUUACUUCUACGAGUUUAUUCAUACAUUGAUCUCGGGUUACUUUUAUAAAAACAAAUAAAUAGAUGUGGUUUUUUUUUAGACCCGAAUUAUAAACUGUAAAUAUUAUAUAUGUAUAUCCUUGUUUAUGUUAAAUCAAUCUUGUUUAUCUUUGUUUACUCGACUUGUUGAUCUAAUCAUACUUUUAUUCACCAUUUAUUUCAUCUUAUUAUCGACAAUUUCGUCGAUCUAUACUUACAUAUGUAUAAAGUCCCAAUGUAUCACAUCUGUAUACAGAAUAUAUUUAUAUACACAUUCGUACAUUAUAUUUCUCUUUCUUUCUCUCUUACUCUCUAUUCACUGUCAGUUAUUAUCAUGCUUUUUUUUUAUUAAUGUGUAAUAAACAGUAAGUAAGAUCUAAUGUUUUUUUAUUUUGUUCUGUUUUCCCUAUUUGUAAAUUUGUGAAAAUAAAUUACUAUGUACACAAACAUACUCAUAUAUAUAUAUAUAAUAUUUGUGAAUCAUCAUCGUGUAUUGUAAAAUAAUUGUAUACUAAAGUCCUUAUAGAUUCUGCGAAUCACCCUCUUUGAAGAAAGAUAUAUCAUUGUGCAUUAAAGUCUUUGAUUAGU